UCGUACGUUCCCCUGAUUGGCGCAUAAGGCCCGCCUAUCAAACGACUGGACCAACGGGAGACGUCCGAAGCGCCACGUGCGCGCAGUUGCUGGAUGUGCCUCGUGAAGACUCGCUGGUUGGCUCACGUGCACCAACAAAACACAGACGGUAGGUUGACAUGUCUGGAGGCGGAGGGGGAACAACAGCGGUGCAGCCCAGGCCCGUUUAAGACAUUUCGUGUUUCCUCAACGUCUACAAAGCUCAAGUAAGUUGUGAUUUGGUGCCGUGUGUCGACACGCAUCUCUUCAUUCAGCAGUCGAGAGGAACACAAUAAGUCAACGCGGGUGGACGCUGUCUGGUGAGAAAUGGCGGAGGGAGGCUUUGACCCCUGUGAGUGCGUCUGCACCCAUGAGUAUGCCAUGAGGCGCCUCAUCAACCUGCUCAGGCAAUCUCAGUCCUACUGCACAGACACAGAUUGCCCUCAGGAAUUGCCGGGUCCCAAUGGGCCGGUCAGCGGAGGCGGGGACCUGACCCUCCCCAUGGUCCUGAUGGGAUGGGCGGUGCUGGCUGUGCUCCUGUUCCUGUUGCGCCCAUCCAGUCUCAGGGGCAGCCGCCCCACAGGCAAACCUACCGGACCCCGCAAUAGUGCUGGAAGAGAGCCUCCAGCACCACCUAUCGACUAGCAGCAGAGAGCACCAGCACUCACCCACCUGCUCUGACUGGAGCUGCAGUCAGCCGGCGACUGUGACUAAGGGACGGCGCCAUCUACCCUUCCUUCAGUUCUCUCUUGCUUUUCUCCUGUUUUAUUGCAACUGUGUUUUGGGGGUAGAUUUGUCUGCGAUUCCUGUCACUGGAGCCCAACGGAUACCGGAUUUAUGAGGCCAGUACGGAUAUGAUAUUUCAGAGUCAUAAAAAAACAACCUGAUAUUGAUCAACAAGUGUAAGAGAACAUACACAAACAACAUUAACGAUUUGGGCAUUGGAUAUAUAAAAAUGCCAUGACAUUUUGUUAACGAGGCAUAACGUUGUUGUUUUGUAUCAUCUGCAGAGACAGACUAGCCAUCUUUGACUGAUAAUAUUGUCCGACAGCAUCAGCGUGUUUGGUUGGGCUCUGGGUAUUCGCCGAGUCUUUAAUCAGAAGGCUGCGUUGUUCUGAGUCGGUCCAUGAUCUCAGCUCUGGUGUUGCCUGUGCUGAAAAUGAAGGAAUGCAUCACGUGUGUUGGUGGCUAUGGGGGGAGGGGGGGGGUUAAAUGGUUAAGUGCUUGCUGAGUGACGAAGGGUGGCGGGUCUACAGACUCAAUGACACAUUCCUCUCUUUCCACUUAAAAGUCACAACUCUAUAAACGGUGCCAGUAAUGAUGUCAUAGCAAGUCAUGUUCUAAUAGCACAUUUAAACCAGCAUAAUAAUUGACGUAAUAUAUAUAUACACAUAUAUGCAUGUGUGUGUAUAUUACGAUUACAUUCUUCAGCAAAUAGUCCCGCCUUUUCUAUGAACUACAGCUCUGGAAACGUCUCUGUCCCCUGAGGCGACCGUUGGUUUUGUGACUGUCGUGUAAGUAAGUGGGACCACAGCGACUGAACUUGGACGAUCGGUUGAUAUGAGCGAAGUUGCAGGUGUACAGACGGUGCAGUGAGUGUGGUCGUUGGAAAACGGCAUCCUCAGCACCAGCAUUUCCAGAUGAUUCCAUGUACUUGUCUUGUGGUUAAAAGAUUAAACUAAUCUGAAUUGUAUACUCA